AGUCGCUAAAGUAAGGACGGGGGUAAUGAAAACACAAAGACUCAAAACCAAACAAACGUCUCUCUCUCUCUCUGUUCACUCUCUGUAAAACAACCAAACGGAGACUCUCCGUUAACCAACAGCAAAAGUGAUCCUCUGAUCGUGAGCUUCCUGUCUAUACUUGGUUCGUGGUUGUGUUUGGGAGAUUUGUUUCGUGGGCUGUAAGAAAGUGGUUCAAAUUGUUGGAUUUGGUCCAUGGAAGAAAUAUCUGAAAACCAAAUUAGCUUGAAGGUGUUGGUGAACAAUUUGACCAACAAAGUCAUUUUCGCUGAGUGUGAUAAUGAUUUCAUUGAUGUUCUCUUCAGUUUCUUGACAAUUCCUAUGGGAACAAUUGUUAGGCUUUCCCAUCAUUCGCAAUCCUUUGGAAUUGGUUGCAUUGACAACUUAUUUGGAAGUGUUGAGAGUCUUGAUUUACAGCUUUUUCGAACUAAAGAAUGUCGAGAAAUGUUGUUACAUCCCCGCAAUGAAGCUGAGGAUCUUUUGAGGAACCUGAAAUUGAAAUAUGAUCAAUGUGAGCCCCCGCGGUACUUUAAGUGUUCUAAACGAUAUUGCCACAAUUCAGGUUCUGCACAAAGCCUUAGUUAUUAUGAAACUGUUCGUUGUUGUUGUGGGGGUCUGAUGAACACAGAGACCAUUUUUACAACGAAAGAAGCUGAAGGUGGUGGGGUUUUUGUGGAAGGACCAGGGAGGUUUAUUAUUAGUGAUGAUUUACAGGUACUCCCUCCAUUUACUUGUGCAGUAUCUUCUUUAGUUUCAAACCAUGGACUCAUGGGCUGGAAUAGCGUUGAGGAGCUGACUUUUAAUGUGGGAGUUGAUGAGGUUUUGAAUUUGCUUAUGCGCUCAUUAGUGUCAAAGACACCUCUGAUUGAAACUCUGCUGAAGGAUAAAACCAUACCAAACAUGAUUGACGAAAACCUUGACCAAGAUUUAUGCAUUGAAUAUCGAGAGGUGGGAGGAAAAAAGAAUGAGGAAGAAGAAAAGAUUUCUAUUAAGCUUGUAGUUAGCAAAUCUAAGGAGAAGGUUUACUAUGCCGAAGUGGGGGAGGAUUUUGUUAAUUUACUCUUCAGUUUCUUGACCCUUCCACUUGGGUUUGUAGUAAAACAAAUGCAACAUAACUCUUUGAAAGGUUGCAUUGACCAGCUGUACAGAAGUGUUCAAGAUCUUGAUGAGCAGUACUUAAAGUCAAAUUUACACAAGAAAAACUUGGUGAGUCCGAAGCUUCUCCCCGGAUUUGGCUACAAGAAUCAUCUUCUGGGAAUUGAGGAAGCAUCGUAUAAAUGGAAAGACUUCGUAAACUUGAAAUUCCAUCAUAAAAAAGAUGAUAAAGGUUGUGGAUUCUUGAAAGGACCGACGAUGUUCAUGGUAACUGACAGUCUCAAUGUAAGUCCGAUAUCUGCAAUUGUCGGCAUGUCAAUUCUAUGCGAACUGAACAUACCUGUGACUGAUGUUGAGGUACGAGUGGCUCAUGUGGGGAAAGAGGAGGCUAUCCGUCUUUUGGUGGCAUCUUUUGUUUGCCCCUCUGCUCUAACUAGUGUCUUCCUUACGAAGCCAAAGCGAUUUGGAGAUUUAUUAGGGUGCCUACGUUUUCUAAUUUAAGAAGAGUAUGCAUUUUCUGUCACAAAUUUAUGUACCUUUUUUGGUGCACUAUCAUCGUUUUGUGUUAUAUGACCUAUAAUUUGUGCUGUUUCUAGCAUAACUAUGUAAGGGUUGGAUCUUGCUAUUUUCAGAUAAUAUUCCUGUUUUUUUC